AUGAAAAUUCCAAAUUUUAUCAAAAAUAUAUUUUUUGGAAUACCCGUCGGUAUAACCUUCAUAGAUGUUUUCGGCUAUGUAGCCAGAGUUGAUGGAAUUUCUAUGCAACCAGCAUUAAACCCUGACAAUACCAAGACUGAUUAUGUGUUUUUAAGCAAAUGGGCAGUGAAAUCAUAUAUUAUAAACCGUGGAGACGUCAUUUCACUAAUUUCUCCAAAAGAUCCGUCACAGAAAAUAAUAAAAAGAGUAGUUGGAGUAGAAGGUGAUAUAAUAGCUACAUUGGGAUACAAAAACGAAAUUAUUCGUGUACCACAAGGCCAUUGCUGGAUUGAGGGUGACCACACUGGUCACUCUAUGGAUUCAAACAGAUUUGGACCAGUAUCCUUAGGCCUAAUCACUGCCAAAGCCACCUGCAUAGUUUGGCCCCCAUCUAGGUGGCAAAUAUUGCCUUCUUUUGUGCCUGAUGAACGCUUACCUCUGAAUUUAAUAUCAAAGUCAAUUUUACAAGUAGCUCAGUUUUGA